UUUCUUCUAGACCCAUUCCAUGGCGUUCUGUGUGACCGAAGGCUCCAUUGAUUGUGUUAUGUUACGGCGCCCAUUCUUAAGUGGUAUGUUUGGUUCAACUUGUCAAUCUUCGUGUUUUUACCCCCAUUUGUUAGACUUCUCCUGGAAUAUUAGCACUUCGGGUCUUAAAUCUUCACUUCUUUGUUUAGCCGUUUCCAACCUGUUUUAUUCGUGUUCUAGACGUUGCUCCAUUUUCCCAGCAAGGAAGCAAUUUUGCAGAAUUACCCAUAUCGUACGAUGAAGCUGUUAUUUAAAAUCCGAAAUCCCUAGAUUGGUUAUCUUUGGCAGCUAGAGGAGAUGUUUUUUCUAGAUGAACUCUAAUAGAGUUUAAACAACAUCUAUACAUGUCGGCCAUGGGCAUCUGAAAUCCUUACCUGUUCAUUUGACUUUAGCACUACCGAAACUGUUUUCUAGGUCAAACUGUCUUCCAACAUUGAGCAAGUUACCUGCUACUUCCGAAGAUGGAUCAUCCAGAAAAUAUGGUAACACAACUUAUCCAAGAAGAGCAUAGAUCAAAAUGGACUGCAUGUAGCAAUCAUAAUCUGAAAUGUUUUACAGAACAUGAGAUAAGAAGAUUUACCAACAACUAUAAAUCUGUAAUCGGUAAAGGUGCCUUUGGUGAAGUUUAUGAAGGGGUCCUGGAGGACAAAAGUAUGAUUGCAGUCAAGAGGUUUAUCUGUAAUGUAAAAGAAAAUUUCGCCAAAGAGUUGAUCGUCCACCAUGAGAUCAAUCACAAGAAUGUAGUCAGAUUAGUUGGCUACUGUGUAGAUGAAAAUGCCCUGAUGAUGAUCACGGAGUAUAUUCCUAAAGGAAACUUGAGUAACAUCCUUCACCAGGAUAGUACUCCUAUCGCUUUGGAUACACGGCUAAGAAUUGCCACUGAAUGUACAGAAGCGUUGGGCUAUAUGCAUUCACAAAUGUAUACUCAGGUCAUUCAUGGUGACAUCAAGCCUGCUAAUAUACUUCUGGAUGAUGAACUCAGAGCAAAAAUAUCAGACUUUGGAAUAUCAAGACUAGUCAACACUGAAAAUACUCUAUAUACUCUAAAUGUGAUAGGAAGUAUAGGCUACAUGGACCCUCUGUUUACUCAAAAUGGUCGCCUCACAGCGAAGAGUGAUGUUUAUAGUUUUGGAGUUGUACUCCUGGAACUGAUCACUAGAAAAAAAGCAAGAACUGAGGAUGGGGAGAUUGGCCUGGUUGAAAGUUUUAUUCAGUCUCUUUCAAAAGGGUUUAGGAGGGUGAGGGAGAUGUUUGAUCCUGAAAUUGCAACAUCGAGCGACAUGAAGACUAUCGAAGAGAUUGCUAAGUUGGUAGGUAAAUGCUUGAGGAUGCAACACGACAAACGCCCUGAGAUGUUAGAAGUUGCAGAACGUCUUCGCAAACUUAGAAAGGUUGCACAUCAGGUACAAGAAAAACCAACUCUGUUUCCUUGGGGAAGGAAAAAUAAACUAGCUCUAGCCGAAACACCAUCUCUGGAAAGCAGCAGCAGUAGCCAAAAUGGGAGAACUGUAGCUCCAACUGAAAAGACGCCAUCACAAGAAAGCAGUGGCAGUAUCCCCAAAACCAGAAUUGUGGCUCCAGACAAAGCGGCACUAUCACAGGUAAGCCGUGAUAGUAUACAAAAUGUGGGAACCUCUAUCAUUAGGUCGACAGUGAGAGGCCAAUUGUUCGACCUGAAAGACCUGCUUGGGGCAUCGACUGAAGUUCUUGGCAAGGGUACAGUCGGGACAACAUACAAAGUAACAGUUGACAGUGGAUAUGAGCUGGUGGUCAAGAGGUUGAAAGAUGUGGACUUGGGGGAGGCGAUCUUUGGGCGGCUUGUCAUGCUGUUUGGCACCAUCCAGAACAAACACGUAGUGCCACUGCUGUGGUAUUACUGCAGCAAGGAUGAGAAGCAGCUCGUAUAUAAUGUCAUCCCCUUGGGUAGCCUAGCAAAAGCACUCCACGGCGACCAAGGUUCUGGCCCAGCUCCACUGGACUGGGAGCAGCGGUUGGCUAUCUCACUAGCUGCCGCGCACGGUGUGCAGGCUAUACAUUUAGCUGGACCAUCGAGCUGCCAUGGCAACAUCAAGUCUUCCAACAUCCUGCUCACUGGAACCCACGACGCAUGUGUGUCGGAGCAUGGCCUUAUAACACUUGGAAUUUAUUCCAAUGCCUCCGGUUACCAUGCACCUGAGGUCACCCGCAAUAGAUGGGUCUCCCAGAAAUCCGACGUCUACAGCUUUGGCAUCCUAUUGCUGAAGCUUCUCACCCGCAAGUCUCCAUGGGGGAAUAGAUUUCAGGAUGACAGGGGAGUAGAUUUGCCACGGUGGGUGUGUUCCAUUAUACCUGAGGAGUGGACGGCGGAGGUAUUCGACGUGGAGCUCCUAGCAUGGGGGCAGAAGGACGGGAAAGAGGAGUGCAUGGUGCGACUUAUGCGGCUCGGGCUAAAGUGUUGCAGUCAAGAUGCUGACUCGAGGCCUACAAUGUCUGAUGUUGUGCAGCGGAUUGAGGAGAUCGGACAGUCUAAUUGCUGACAAAGAACCUCACACAUCAUAGUGAUUGAAAGUUGCUGGGCCACAGUUGCAUUCAAAUGUCAUAUAUUUUCAGUACCCCCUUUCAACUGGUUAUCCCAGAGAACGAUAAAUAAAUUUUGACGAUAAAGUUAUCUCAGAGAACUACUAUCCUGAAAAAGACUUUCACUGCUAGUUUGUAAAUUGUAAUCGAUCAACUGUCCUACAUGUUAUUGGCAUAUAUACCCUGCACUUUUCCAAAUAAAAAUAAAAAUUGGCAUAUAUGCUCUGCACUUUUCCAAAUUAAACGUUGGGUUCAUGAUUCUACCAGCUAAGCUGGGAUGCUUAGACAUAUGUGAAGACUAAAAACCUGCUAAAUGUUUGCUUUACAGAUUGAUUCAUACCAAUCUGCGCUAAUAUGUUGAUUCAUCUUCCCAAUUGUCAUUGGCUUAAUCUUCCUAGGAUGAGGCUAAUAUCAUUGUGUUGAUUGGGAUUAUAUAAUGCAAUCUUCUUCGUUUUCGAUGGAUGCAUAGGCAGGUUGUUUAAAUCAACUAGUUCAAGCAUCUUAGUGGUUGUUAGUUUUUUUAUAUAAAAAAACUCUCCAUUAGUUUCUCAGUAACUUUAAGUGCCAUAAGAGCAGAACGUCAAAUGAAUUGGCAAGGUUUUAAGCAUAGUACAUGAAGUUUAAGUGUGUUGGGAACUAGGAAAAAUAGACGACCCGAAUGAAAAUUUGAGUUUGUCAGUCUAGAUUAAAGUUGGUACUGAAAUUUUGAUCUAAACGAUCUUAUAUUUGUUUACAGAGGGAGUACAUCGUAUAAAAAUAAUAAUUUGAACUGAUCUAGUCAUCUAAAUCGGUGAAUUAUACACAUAAAUUUAUAAUACUGAUAUGGUUGCAGACAAAACAAAAAAGUUAGAAAUGAAAGAACCCUAAUGAUCUACUAUAUGGCUUACUUGAUGUCAAUUAGAACGCUGAAAUUACACAACCGGUGAUGAGGCUGUGUUGUGGCGGCGGCGCACAAGCGCGAGAGAUGGGCGACGGCAAGUCGCUGAUUGCCGGCCGCAAGCCAAGCCGGAGACUGCGUGAUGCUGCGAUCGCGCGAUAGACAGUUUCGGGCGGCUCCGCAG